GCCGAAUAAAUAUCAUUCAACGUUUCCAAGUCGUAACGAACACACAUAUUUACAAAGUUUCGAAAAUUUCAUAGGAUUUCACAACUUUACACAUUUUAAGGACCUUUUAACGCGUGUAAAAAAUAAAAUGGAUCAACGGCCAACAGGUUCCAACAAGCGUGGCGAUGACAGUAUUUCAAAUUUGCUUGGGUAUAGCCAGUCGGAGUUUGACAUGUUUGUAUGGGACCAGUCAGAGUCGCGUCAAGACUUUUCGACGAUCAGCGAAACGCAAUCGACUAUGAACAUGGAGGAGGAUAAUGGCACCGAUAAUGAGGUCGAGUUGUGCUCAACAAACCUACUUCCACCCAACUCAAUGGAUCUGCCUAGCUGCUCUCAACCCCGUAACUAUGUGGACUGUGCCCAUUCCCGUGGCCCCGCAAAUCUUUGUGGUGGUGCCGAAACUAAUAUAUCGGAAUUUUCCUUAAGUCAAGGAACAUUAGAGCAACAACUAAGUGAAGCCUCGUGUAAUACGUCGCAACAGACCUUGGGUCAAGGAACAUCUCAACAGCUGUUAGAACUUGGUGGGAGUUCAACUGGAUCAAAGAUCCGACUCUCGAAGUCUGAUAGAAAAAUAAAAAAAAAAGAAAAGCAACAGCGUAAGAUGCUCAGGAAAAUGUCAUUGCAUCAGACUCUUAUGGAUCGUAUGAAACAAACUAAUAGCGCCCUUAGUGCCCAAAGCGUUAAUACAUCUGAGUCAUCAGUGUGGGAUGAAGACGACGACGACGACGACGACGAUGAUGAUGACGAUGACGAUGAAGAUGACGAUGACGAUGACGACGACGAUGACGACGAUGACGAUGAUGAGACCAGAAAGUAUUUACCCACAAAACUCCGCAAUCGAUAGUUACAUUAUUAUUAAAUUACUUCAGUUUGGUGUCAACAAUUUUGGAAUCUUUUUUUUUUGGAUAUCUCAAAACAAUUUAAAUUUUCGGUAAA